UAUACCGCAGUGACCGCGGCGGUGGAAUGGGGCUGGAUUGCAGCGCCUGUCCCUGAAUCGGACGCUCCUCGGAUUGCCGCGGAGUUCCUUGGUUCCUGGGUCCAUUCCGUCCUGCUCCAAGGUUCGCUCCAUCCUCGGUCCCCCAACCUCUCACCCAGCUCCCAAGCUCCAGACCUCGACAUCUGCAGAAGAAAUGGGCACAGCCAUGAAUAGUUCAGACCAAACAGCGCAGCUGCUCCAGCCCUACAACUUCGAGCUGUUACAGGGCUUACAUGACAUAAGGCCUUUUAUGAAGGAGUACUGGACAACCUCAUUCCACAUCGCUCUGAUCUACCUGCUACUCAUCUUUGUGGGGCAUAAUUACAUGAAGGCACGGAAGGGCUUCAACCUGAAGGGGCCUCUCAUCCUUUGGUCCUUCUGCCUUGCAAUCUUCAGUAUCCUGGGGGCAGUGAGGAUGUGGGGCUUUAUGGGGACCCUGGUACUUAGGGGUAAACUAAAGCACACUGUGUGCUUCUCCACCUUCAUCGAUGAUUCCGUAAUCCAAUUCUGGUCCAGCCUUUUUCUUCUCAGCAAGAUCAUUGAACUUGGAGACACGGCCUUCAUCGUCCUACGUAAGCGGCCACUCAUCUUUGUGCACUGGUACCACCACAGCACAGUGCUAGUGUUCACGAGCUUUGCAUACAAGAACAAGGUGGCUGCAGGCGGCUGGUUCAUGACCAUGAAUUUCGGUGUGCAUGCCGUCAUGUACACCUACUACACUCUGAAGGCUGCCAGAGUGGAGCCCCCCAGGUGGUUUCCCAGGCUCAUCACCACCCUGCAGAUCCUGCAGAUGUUUAUGGGAGCCAUUGUCGUCAUCCUGACUUACGUCUGGAGACAGGAACAGGGAUGCCACACCACAGCGGAACACUUCUUCUGGUCUUUCAUCCUGUAUUUGACCUAUUUCAUCCUCUUUGCCCACUUUUUCCACAAAACCUACAUAAUGCCCAAGGUGAAAGCCAAUACCAAGAGGGAGUAAAGGGUUGGUGAAAAAAGAAGGAUCCUUAGUCUCUCUCCUCCCCAGGGCACUAAGGGGUUGGGCUUAGUUUUGGGAGAAUGAUUAGGAUGCAUUCCCUGCAUGGUUUCCUCACAGGAUGUGCGUCCCAAGGUGACAGGAAGUUAUAACAGACAAGAAGCAUCACCUCUGGGAAGGGGGUAUGAUCUAGUAUUUUGAUGUUUGUUUUUAGUGUGAAGGCCGAGCAGGUCCCGAGACGGGGUGGGACUAAGGAGGAUUCCCAGAGCUGAGUUAUUUAUAUUUCUAUACAAAAACCUUUCUUCUUGCUCUAUUUUUUAAUUAAAUAUCUCAACAAGGUUUUUGGAUUUUGGAUAUUUGGGGGAAGAAAGAAUCAGCUGUGAUGGUAGACAGCUUCUGGUAGUGGGAUGGUCAGUAGUUGAAGAGCCUAAGAGGGUGUGUGGAAAGAUGAGAGGCACACACAGAGACACUCAAUAAGAAUCCUAGGCCUGGUAGGCACUUAAUAAAUGUCUGUUACAGACCAGAAUUUUAUUGCUGUUAGAGGCCCAAGCCUCUCAGUGGAACAGUGAGAAACAGGUGCAGAAAGGAGGAGUAACUUAACUAAGGUCAUCAUAGGCUUUCUAAGUUGCAGAAGUGACACCUGCAAGUAGGCGUUGCAGACCAGACCUUCCAGUUAUCCUCCAUGAGACCACAAGGUGGCGCCGCAGCACCAGCUUUGGCCAAUGCCAGCCAGUAGCUUGUCCUCAAGCCAGCAAUACAAACACACACGCACGCGUGGGUCCCUCUUCUUCAGGAAUGCCCCGGCUUCCCCGUGGUGGGGCUAGCGGCUGAGGGGGACUGAAGCCCUAG